AUGCAGAGAUCAGCAGUGCUCAAGAAGCAAGAACAGCAGAAGUCAACUUCAUCAGACAGUGGUUCAGAAGAGGAUUCAUCAAACAGUGAAGGUUCUGCAGAUGACUCUUCCAGUGAAACCGAGAAGAAAAAACACAGAGAUGAAGACUGGCAAAUGUCUGGGUCAGUAUCAGGAACUGAUUCUGAAUUGGAGGAAGAUGGAGAGAAAAGCAGUUGUGAAGAUAGUGAAUCUGACUAUGAGCCAAAAAGCAAGGUCAAAAGCCAGAAACCUCCAAGCAGAAUUGAGCUAAAAAGUGGCAAAAAGAUUGCAGGACAGAAAAAGCGGCAGCUUGAUUCAUCAGAUGAUGAUGACUAUGACAAGAGAGGGUCUCGUCGCCAAGCCACCGUCAAUGUUAGUUACAAAGAAACUGAAGAAACCAAGACAGAUUCUGAUGAUUUGUUGGAAGUUUGUGGAGAAGAUGUCCCGCAACCUGAAGAAGAUGAAUUUGAAACUAUAGAGAAAUUUAUGGAUAGUCGAAUUGGCCGAAAAGGAGCCACUGGUGCUGCAACCACUAUCUAUGCAGUUGAGGCAGAUGGUGACCCAAAUAUUGGGUUUGAAAAGUCAAAGGAGCUAGGAGAAGUACAAUAUCUUAUUAAAUGGAAAGGAUGGUCACACAUUCAUAAUACUUGGGAAACUGAGGAAACACUGAAGCAGCAAAAUGUUAAAGGAAUGAAGAAACUGGACAACUAUAAGAAAAAGGAUCAGGAAACAAAGCGCUGGCUGAAAAAUGCUUCUCCGGAAGAUGUGGAAUAUUAUAACUGCCAGCAGGAACUUACAGAUGAUCUACAUAAACAGUAUCAAGUAGUGGAAAGGAUAAUUGCUCAUUCAAAUCAGAAAUCAGCAGCUGGUUAUCCAGAUUACUAUUGCAAGUGGCAGGGUCUGCCUUACUCAGAAUGUAGCUGGGAAGACGGUGCUCUCAUUGCCAAAAAGUUUCAGGCAUGUAUUGAUGAGUAUUUUAGCAGAAAUCAAUCCAAGACUACUCCAUUUAAGGACUGCAAGAUUCUAAAACAGAGGCCGAGAUUUGUUGCACUAAAGAAGCAACCAUCUUAUAUUGGGGGGAAUGAGAGUUUAGAGUUAAGAGAUUAUCAAUUAAAUGGACUGAAUUGGCUUGCUCACUCCUGGUGCAAAGGGAAUAGUUGUAUUCUUGCAGAUGAAAUGGGUCUGGGUAAAACAAUACAAACAAUUUCUUUUCUGAACUACUUGUUUCACGAACAUCAACUGUAUGGGCCUUUCUUGUUAGUCGUGCCACUUUCUACCUUGACAUCUUGGCAAAGAGAGAUUCAAACUUGGGCUCCUCAGAUGAAUGCUGUGGUUUACUUAGGAGAUAUAACUAGCAGAAAUAUGAUAAGAACUCAUGAAUGGAUGCAUCCACAGACGAAGCGAUUAAAAUUUAAUAUACUUCUAACAACUUAUGAAAUUUUGCUGAAAGAUAAGUCAUUCCUUGGUGGUCUGAAUUGGGUAUUUAUAGGAGUUGAUGAAGCUCAUCGUUUAAAAAAUGAUGAUUCCCUUCUCUACAAGACUUUAAUAGACUUUAAGUCUAAUCAUCGUCUUCUUAUUACUGGAACCCCUCUGCAAAAUUCUCUCAAAGAACUUUGGUCUUUGCUGCAUUUCAUCAUGCCAGAAAAGUUUUCUUCCUGGGAAGAUUUUGAAGAAGAGCAUGGCAAAGGGAGAGAGUUUGGUUAUGCAAGUCUUCACAAAGAACUUGAACCAUUUCUACUCAGAAGAGUUAAAAAAGAUGUAGAAAAAUCUUUACCUGCUAAGGUUGAACAAAUUUUGAGGAUGGAAAUGAGUGCAUUGCAGAAGCAAUAUUACAAGUGGAUUUUAACCAGGAAUUAUAAAGCCCUGAGUAAAGGUUCAAAAGGCAGUACCUCGGGCUUUUUGAACAUCAUGAUGGAACUCAAGAAGUGUUGUAACCAUUGUUACCUCAUUAAACCACCGGAUGAUAAUGAAUUCUAUAAUAAACAGGAAGCUUUACAGAGCGUCGGAGAAUUCUUCAUGCCUUGUGGUAAUACAGUCCAUUCAAAGCGCUGCGCUGGCUCUUGUCGAUUAAUAGAAGGUAAAGUGAAUGCAAAUCGACAAGUGUCUUGUUCGUGUAACUUGAUGGUGAAGAAACAGUCUUUCAAGUCUAUUACCAACAGGUGCCAUGAUUCCGGGAGCAUAGAGGCACUAGGCAAUCCCGGUUGUAAUGCCCCCAUAGACUGCAUUUGA